UGUGCUGGAAAGUGUGGAUCCACGGAAUGACUUUUCAAAUCUCAGGCCACGGGGACGAUAUUUUUCACACGUAGAUAUUCUCUGCGCCCCUUUCAACUUCUCUCUCACCUCACUACAUCUCUUCCAACCACUUCCUUCCACCAUCCAUCGAUAACGGACCUCACGACAAAAAGGACGAGUAUCAGCAGAGAUGGCGGCUCUCGUAACUUCUGCAACCAGCAUCCUCGGCUCAUCGUUGCCAACUCCUCUUCCCUCCCUCAGCGUGACUGGAAUCAGUCCACCAGUCUCGAAAAUCUCUGUCGCUGGACCCGCUAACUCAGACGUACGACGCAUCGUUGAAUGCGAUGCCGUUCAAACCCAAGUCGUGACCGAGACGUUGAGUCUGGUUCAGGAGAGGAUGCACCACCUUAUGGCGAAGCACGAUAGGGAGCUCUCUGAUCCUGCUUCCCAUACUCGUCGCCUCCUGGAGCUCUUCUUUGGGAAGGGCCUUACUGAGGAACAACUUGGGUUUAUCACAGAUAAACUCCACCGUGUCAUCACAGAAGCCGGGCAGCCAACUUACCACUGCAAAAACAGCUGCCCACCAAAUGUAGUAGCGCAAUACACCUGGAACGGCAACCGAUUCAACGACACGAGAGACAAGAACAUCCAUUUCUGCCCAUCAUUCUUCUCCUCACGCAAGGAUUUUGGCCUCGAAAAGGGAAGCUGGCUUCAAGCACUGUACGCCAUUCACGAGGGUAUACACUCAAUCGUCAUUCCCGAGUCGCCGAAUGAUAUCGGCGAUACUCCAGGCUACUGGUCCGAAACAGGCGCUCAACCAACCGGCCCAGCGAUUGUCGCCUACGGCCACAUUCUCACAGAGCAGCUCGCCGCGUAUUCUUCCGAAGCUGCCAUGUUCAACGCCGAGAACUACAGACAAUACGUAGAAUUUCUCUAUGAGGCGGAUACUACUGGAAAAGUGCAAGAAGCCGACGGGAAAGUUCACUACGGCGAGCCUCCGGCUUGGACGACGAUUUGGAAGGGACAUAUGAGAACUUCCACAGUCGCACUCGGCGCACCGACACCAACGCCAACAGCAACCGAACAGCCUACAGCUGCGAUGUUGACGACUUCAGAAACGACAGCGGCGGCCAUGGCAGGGAUCGUGUUUAGGAUUCCUCCUCGAGUAGUGCCAAAGGUUCGACCAGGAAGCAAGCCACAGUCUUCAGAUGCGGUCUCGACAGCAGGGGAACAUCUCAAAGUCUGGUGGUUCGCAUACGGGCUUGCGGGGUUGGCGGGUUUCAUGUGGGUUGUUAUGUGAAAGACUGGCAGCACAUAAGUACAGACUGUGGAUCAGCUCGAUAGAGUAGCAUCACCUCAGAGCACGAGAUUGGGAAAGACGUUGGCAGAGGGUACUUAAGGGACGGAAACAGAAUCAGAACGACAGCACGAAUGAUAGAAAGAGAUGAAAUUG